AUGGUCGCAGCACACACGGCUUCCGAAGAGUUCCUUAUCUCCACGAUCCAAGACUCACCAGAGGCCUUCCUCCACCCAACAGACACACUCUACAAAGCUGCGCUCGUCCUCUCCAAGCGCUUCGUGGACCCACUUGCGAAGCAGCACAGCGUCUUUGAUGAAGUACAUAUCCAAGACUUGCAUGUAGAUCAAAUAUGGCAACAAAUCAAGGCCAUUUCGGAAUCGGUCGUGGAUCAAGUCCUGGACGCUGAUUUGCCUGGUUCAGAGGAGGCUCAAGCGAGUCAGGAGGACGAGUCUGAUUUAGACAUUGAUGAGGAGGAUGGGCUUGAAUUAGGGUCAGAGAUGGAGAUGGAAGAAGACCUAGAGUCUGGCGACGAGAUGAAUGAAGACGCUGAGGAGCUAGGCGAAUCUCAAGACGAGAUCGAGGAAGCAGAAGAUGAUGAAGGAGCGCAAGAAGCGCAGCAAGAUGUGUUUGGUCUCAAUGACCAAUUCUUCGAUAUCGACGACUUCAACAGGCAAACGGAAGUCAUGGAUGCCAAUUACGAGGCUGCUCAAUCAGAAGAUGAUAUUGACUACAAUGCUGACCCCGACGAAGCAUCUGAUAUGGAAGACCUGGAGCAAGAAGCAGACAUGGCUGACAACGCUAAUGAGAUUCGCUAUGAAGACUUUUUUGCGCCGCCCAAGCGCGUCUAUGGGGCAUCUACUGGAAGGAAAAAGCGCGUACGCAAAGAUCGUGAUGAGGAGGCAAAUGAGGCUGAACCGGCAGAGUCGACCAUGGCACGCAUGCAAAAGGAUCUGUUUGCAGACGACGACGCAGCCAUGGCAGAGCAAGAAAAGGAGACCGAUCAAGGUCAACGCUUGUCUGCCUAUGCCAAACGCCAGUUGAAGCUCAAAAAGGAAAUUGAGCAGCUUGAGAUGGAGAAUGUCGGUAAGAAGGAUUGGACGCUUAUGGGUGAGACUUCAGCAAAAGCGCGACCAAAAGAUGCAUUGCUCGAAGAAACGAUGGACUUUGAGCGAACGAGCAAGCCUGUUCCUGUCAUUACUGAAGAAGUGACGGCCAGUUUGGAAGACAUGAUCAAGGCGAGGAUCGUUGCACGCCAAUUUGACACAGUCAUUCGCAAGAUUCCGGAAUCAGCACACAAAUUCGCGAAAAACACGUUCGAAUUGGAUGACAGCAAGCCGCAGCAAUCUCUCGCUGAGGUGUACGAGCAAGAGAUUCAAAAGAGAGCAGAUCCAACUGGUUUCAAGUCUGCAAAGGAUAUCAAGCUCGAGAAGCAGCAAGCUGAAAUUGAAGAGCUCUUCAAAGAUGUCUGCUACAACCUCGACGCCCUCUCUUCUUGGCACUACACGCCAAAGCCUGUGACGGAAUCUCUACAAAUCGUUACAAACGCACCCGCAAUUGAAAUGGAAGAUGCCCAGCCCCUGACACUCUCCUCGCGUGCACGUCUCGCGCCACAAGAACAAUACGGCGUUUCAGCCGAAAAGGGUGAAGUUGUCGGCAAGGCUGGUUUGCCCAUGUCAAAAGCUGAGAUGACUUCAGAAGAACGACAACGACAUCGUCGUCGUCAACGCGCCACUGCGAAGAAGUCUGGUGCGCAAAAGCAAGGCCAAGAGAAGGUCUCGAAGCGGACAGCGGAGAAGCAGAGUGUUUUGGAAACACUCAAGCAAGGUGAUGUCAAGGUCAUCAGCGGUGGCAAAGCGCGCAGCAUACAGACUGGAAAGCAAGGCAAGUCUGCGAGAAAUCUGGCCACAAUCAAGCUAUAG